UGGGUCAAUGCUGGUCCAAGCAGAGUGGCUCCAAUUCUGUUCUAAUUUCCUAUUUGAAUGCAUAGUUUAUUCUCUAUAGACCUGAUAUAAAGUCAAGCAUCCUCAGUUGUAAAGGUGCUCCUACCCUUGAAUCACCAGAUAAAGCACGGUUUCAUAUAAGCAAUUCCAGAGAGAGAGAGGGACUUACUAGAUAUGGCUUUUGACAUCCCAUCUUCUGAUCCAUCAGAUGAUGACUAUAUAGACAUGGAAAUUGGUUCAUACACCAACUUUCUCUGCGACUCCAAAAGCUCUCCGCGCCAAUCCAGGGAGUUCGAGUUUCAAAUGUCUAUGAAUUCUCGGGGGAGAGAGCCGACGACUUCUCCAGCUGAUGAGCUCUUCUACAAUGGGAAGCUUCUUCCCCUUCAUCAUCCCCCACGCCUGCAAAUGGUAGAGAAACUCUGGCAGAAGUCUAGUUCUGAUUAUGAUUUCAGAAAAGACACUUUUGAGGAAUUCAGCACUCCGUUAACCACUUCUAUCAAUACACCUACAGCAACAAGUACUCCUUUUGAUUCUUGCAACAUUUCUCCUUCCGAGUCCUUUCGGAUUAGUAGGGAACUUAACUCAGAUGAAUAUUUUCUAGAGUAUUCAGCGGAUGCGAGCUAUUUGAAUGGUGAAAGCUCAAAAAAGUCCUGGACUAAAAAGCUUAAACGUUCUACACUUGGUCUUAAGUUGAAAGCUUCCAGGACUUACAUCAAAUCUUUGUUUACCAAAACAGGUUGCUCAGAUGAGUCCUGUGCAGUAGCUGCAAAGAUUGCAGAUGAAGGAUCAGCUUCAAAAGCCAAUGAAUGUUCAAAAAAGGGCGCCAAAGUGGAAAAGAGAAAGCCCUUUGGACCAAUUUCAAGCUCCAUCUCCAAUUCCAACAAAGACAAAGGCAAUACGGAAAGCAGCAGUAGCAAUAGAAGAUCAUUCUCAUUGGUCAUUAAGAGGCAACCAAACAUCAAACCAUCUUCUGCAUCAUUAAAUCCCACUUCCUCUUCAUGUCCAAACAAUUCGAGCGGGUAUUACCUGAAGAGAUGUGGCAGUGUGAAUUCAGAGAUUGAGAACUCAAUUCAGGGUGCAAUUGCACACUGCAAGCAGUCUCAAUCUCAGCAACCAUUGCGUUCAAGGAAGACAGUUAGUGAAGUUGGAAUUUACUUAUUAUCAUCCUCCAGCCUUACAGUUUCUGAUGAUCAGGAAAAACCAGAACUUUGCAGGGGCUGAUAAAGACUGAUAGAGAUCAAGAAAGUACAGACAUAAUAUAUUAAUGACAUCUUCUUCUUCUUGCAAGAUUCCUAUCUUGGGUAUGCUAUAAGUCAACGCAAAAUGUUGUUCAUGGCUAUCUGUAAUUUGUACUGUCGAGUACAAUAUGUAGAACUGUGUGAAAAUGCAACAUAAUGUCAGUCUUAACCAAUUUCAGUAACUAUUUCCGACCUUUUUAUUAGAUAUGUCCAAAUCUCCAAUAAAUAAGGACCAAAGUCGUCCUUCUAUGUAAUCAACCAAAUCCAUAAAGCUGGCUAUACAUUGAAGAAAGCCCCUGCUUAUCGCACUCAUGAGGGCAAAAAUUUCCAUUGUGUAGGAAACCAUCAUUGCUUUGGGGACGCUUUUAUGUUAGGUAUCGUAAAUUAGGUAAUGUGCUUGAAAUUGUGAAGUCCAGAAUUGGAAUGCCUGCACUUAGAAUAUACACAGGCUUAGUUCUCAUAAAUCCAGAUCACCGAAGAAAAUCCUACAUUAUUCAUUCUCGUGCAAUGUAAUGUAGAAUCUCAUGCACUCUCCAUUAAUCUAGCUCAAAUUCACACAACAAAUUGACCUGAAAACUUCAUUAUUCUCUAGAUAUCGUCGAGCAAUCGCGAAUUCGACCUAAUCAAUUCAUCGAGUUUCAAUUAGUAAGGCGCAAACUACACUAUCCAGAAACUAAACUAGAAGACGGCAAUGCAUGCUACUUUCUUCUCGAUCAACAGACCGUAGAGUGGAGGCUCAAAGUUCAAGUAAUCGGAAAAAUCGUCAUAUUUUCUAAAGAAAAUCUUUCGAUAAUCAACAAACUUACAGUUAUCUAAUCAUAGAAAAAGAAACAAUCAGGCCUCCGAACAACUAGUUAUCUGCCUCCCAAAAUUAGAGCAGCGACGAUACGCUUUGAGAAAUCGAAUAUGGAAAAAGGAAAAGAAAAGACUAACCUGAAGCAAGCGCCGUGUUCACAGCCAUGAAAAUGCAUCACGCACUAUCUAGUGUAUCGCAAAUUAAUUGUAUAAUGUGUUGUAGAUGAAAAUGCAUCACGCACUAAGAGAUAUGAGUUCCGGAUUCCCGUUCUAACACGUAGAGCCAAAAACGGAAACUAGAUUCAAAUUAUAGAACCAUAUUAAAAAUCUAAAGAUUCCACUACAAUUUAGUCCAAUUCCUUAAUUAAUUUGUGACAAAUUUUGUAUUAUUUCUGUAGAUUACGUACAUGACUUCCUAAAAUUAUUUUUCUUAGUGUUGCAAUUCCUUUCUCUCUUCUAUCCCUCCAUGAAGCAUACGGCGGAUGCUGAGAGCAGAGAAUCGGAGGCGUCCACGAGGCGGACUCGCGGGUGGCCUGGUGGAGAAUUUGAUCACACCGAGAAGGGACAAAAUUACGGGGGCGUUCUGUAAGGAAUAAAACUCAAGGGUGUCGGAGCAGUAUUGUCCCACAUCGGUAAUCUCUGCGUGUUCGAGCAUUCCCAGAGGUAUAAAAGGAACCAGCCAGUGGAGGGACAAAUCACGGAGCCGUGCGGUGAGCACAGAGCGAACUAUUCUUUCGCCUUUUACUAAAGAAUACCGUGUGCUCGCCGCUCCAAGCGGCAUACGCCUAUUUUUGGAGGGUCCAUCCUUUGGGGUGGUCCCUA